AUGAAGGCUCUUAUUCUUGUCGGAGGUUUCGGUACCCGGUUGCGUCCUUUGACGUUGACGCUCCCCAAGCCUCUGGUGGAAUUUGGCAACCGUCCCAUGAUCUUGCACCAGGUCGAGAGCUUGGCUGCUGCUGGUGUCACCGAUAUUGUUCUGGCCGUCAACUACCGCCCCGAUGUGAUGGUCUCUGCUUUGAAAAAGUACGAGGAACAAUACAACGUCCGCAUCGAGUUCUCCGUCGAAUCCGAGCCGCUGGGUACGGCCGGUCCCCUGAAGUUGGCGGAGAAGAUCUUGGGCAAGGACGACUCCCCCUUCUUCGUCCUGAACUCCGAUGUCAUUUGCGAUUACCCAUUCAAGGAGCUGGCCGAGUUCCACAAGAACCACGGCGACGAAGGUACCAUUGUCGUGACCAAGGUUGACGAGCCCUCGAAAUACGGUGUCGUCGUCCACAAGCCCAACCAUGCGUCGCGCAUCGACCGUUUCGUCGAAAAGCCCGUCGAGUUCGUCGGCAACCGUAUCAAUGCCGGUAUCUAUAUUCUCAACCCCAGCGUGCUGAACCGCAUUGAGCUGCGUCCCACCUCGAUCGAACAGGAGACGUUCCCCGCCAUUUGCAAGGAGGGUCAGCUCCACUCGUUUGAUCUGGAAGGGUUCUGGAUGGACGUCGGUCAGCCCAAGGAUUUCCUCAGCGGUACCUGCCUGUACCUCACCUCGCUCGCGAAGCGCAACUCCAAACUGCUCGCCCCCAACAACGAGCCCUACGUGUAUGGCGGAAACGUCAUGGUCGACCCCAGCGCAAAGAUUGGCAAGAACUGCCGCAUUGGCCCCAACGUCGUCAUCGGCCCUAACGUCGUUGUCGGCGACGGAGUUCGUCUGCAACGAUGCGUCCUGUUGGAGAACAGCAAGGUCAAGGACCACGCGUGGGUGAAGUCCACCAUUGUCGGAUGGAACAGCUCGGUGGGCAAGUGGGCUCGCCUGGAGAAUGUUACCGUUCUGGGUGACGACGUGACCAUUGCCGACGAGGUCUACGUGAACGGCGGUUCUAUCUUGCCGCACAAGAGCAUCAAGCAGAACGUUGAUGUUCCUGCGAUCAUCAUGUAAUACCCCGUUCUCUUUCCCUUUCCUUUACGUCGACAUGUCCUCGAAUAUCUUGAUUUGAAUCACCUUUACCUCGAAAUCGCCCAGAUGCAUAGAGCCGGAGUCGUUUUAUCUUUUGUGUUUGCCUUGAUGCAGUUGAUUCGAGCAGUCUUGAGCUUGCCCGGUUUAUCGGUCAAGAGCAUGACGUCCUUUAUUUCCCCCGUUCCCCCUCUCGAAACACGCCUACCUACCUACCUACCUACCUACCUACCUUUCCGCCUCUUUCUUGCAUAAAACCCCCUUUAGUCUCAUAUACGGGCCUGUCGUCAUCUCCGCACUCAGAACCUUGACGGUGUGACGUGCGUCCGAUGCGACGGUUUCCAAAUUUAGUAAUAUUUUUUCCAUUUUGAUUCACCAUCUCGUCUCAUCUUUUUCUUCCUUCUCCCAAUCUUUUUCCCUUUUUGCUUUCUUCUUGCUCGUCGCGGUAUCUUUUCUAUUCAUUACUCUGCGUCUGCUUACCCGGGGAUUGGUGAGUAAAUGGGUUCUAAUACACUAUCCAAUUUUAAUGAUGUAUGUGGGACAAACGGGUUUCUUUGUUUAAGGAAUGUAAAUAUGGGAGGCAGAACUCAGAAAUGAA